GUCCACAAAAUACCCAUUAUUCUCCUUGUUCUUUUUACCUCUCUCCUCUUUCUCUCUCCCUGCCUUGGACAGAAAUAGCUCCAUCAACAAGCUCAUACAACUGACAUCAAAUCAAUAAAUUUCUCUUCUUAUGGCUAUUUUGGUGUAUUUUGUGCUUUUCCUGGCGCUGACUGGCCAUUCAAGUGCUCUUUAUUGUGUAUGCAAAGAUGGUGUGAGUGAUCAAAACCUUCAGAAAGCAAUAGAUUAUGCUUGUGGAGCUGGAGCUGAUUGUACUCCUAUUCUCCAAAACGGGGCUUGUUACCAACCCAACACUGUGAAGGAUCACUGUAACUACGCUGUUAAUAGCUAUUAUCAGAGAAAGGGCAAUGUUCAAGGUAGCUGUGAUUUUGCAGGUGCUGCCCAAACCAGUCCAAACCCACCUGCUACAUCAUCUGGAUGUGUUUACCCCUCAAGUCCAGGCAAUGCAGGAACAACACCCUCAACAGGUUCACCAGGAACAACACCCUCAACAGGUUCACCAGGAACAACACCAUCAAUAGGUACACCUCCAGGCACAGGAACAGGCAAUGGCACAACAAUUGGUAGUCCUAAUGUGUUUGGAAUAAGUCCAACUUCUACAACUGGAAUAAGUCCCACUGACAAUGGAGCUAAUUUGGAAGGCACCAAUGCUAAGUUGCUAUUGCUCUUUGUUCUAACCUUUUGGUUAGCAUUCAGAGUCUGAAGGUACAGUGGCAUCAGCGUAGUAGGAAAUUAAAAAUUAAAAAUUUAUGGGGUUUGAUGUGUGGAUGAGAUUUUGCCAAGACAGGAAGGGGUAUUGAAGUAAUUUCACAACUGGGAAUCAUCCACAAAGUAUGCAAGCAAACCCGUUUUUUGUUUUGUUCCUCCCAAGGGAUAAAAGAAAGGGUAUGGGAAUUUGGUUCCUUGUUUAGUGGUGAUAUAUUUUGAUUAUGACUACUACUAUUGAGAGAGGUAGAAGUAGAACCACAUCAGUUUCCUUUUGGCUUUUCUCCAUUUGUACAUCUAAGACUUUGACAGCCAAUUAUUUUUUUAAUUUAAUGGAAUCCUACCCCAUAUAUAAUCUAUUUUUAAUUAUGAUUCAAUUUCAUGUUAGCUGGC